GAAUAUGCAAUUAAGGGGCGGGGCGGCGGCUGCCGGACCCGGAAGCGGCGCGGCUGAGUCACCUCGGCGGCGAGCGGUGGCGGCGAUGAGGCAGCAGUCGCGGCGGGCGGCAGCGUCCUUCGGCGCCUGAGGAGCCUCCCUGCGUCCGCCCUCCCUCCUUCCUUCCUUCCCUCUCCGCUGCGCCCCGGCCCCAGCCCCAGCCCCGCCGCCACCAUGAUGGAGGAGAUAGACCGGUUCCAGGUGCCCGCCGUGCGCGCAGAGAUGCAGCCGCUGGAUCCAACAGCUGCAUCUAUUUCGGACAGAGAUUGCGAUACGAGAGAGGGAGAGACUGUAGCCAUGAACUAUAAGCCGUCCCCACUUCAAGUGAAAUUAGAGAAGCAGAGGGAGCUGGCUCGGAAGGGCUCCCUGAAGAAUGGCAACAUGGGAAGCCCAGUUAAUCAGCAGCCCAAGAAGAACAACGUGAUGGCACGAACAAGGCUCGUUGUUCCCAAUAAGGGCUAUUCGUCAUUAGACCAGAGUCCAGAUGAAAAGCCACUGGUAGCCCUGGAUACGGACAGUGAUGAUGACUUUGAUAUGUCCAGAUAUUCCUCCUCGGGAUACUCAUCAGCUGAGCAGAUCAACCAAGACUUGAACAUCCAGCUGCUAAAGGAUGGGUACCGGUUAGAUGAGAUCCCAGAUGACGAGGACCUCGACCUAAUCCCCCCUAAAUCGGUCAACCCUACCUGCAUGUGUUGCCAAGCCACCUCCUCCACCGCCUGUCACAUCCAGUAGUGAGGCCGGCAGGCUGUGAUCAGUGCUUUCCACUAUAACUGUAAAACUUAACAGCCAUUGCUUCCUCCUAUGGUAGGACGUGCACCUCUUUGUGUUCAUGGAGCCAGGAGAAACCAAAAAAUUCAUUUUAUGAUUGGUUGAUAAGUUAUUUUAAACUAUGGUUAAACAAAAGAAAAAUUGCUCAAAGUGCCAGGCAGUGCCUGGCAGAACUGACUGGUCUGGAGAGCGAAUACAGAGCGGUCCAGAGAUACCUCCUUGGUUUGUGCAGGCACUGGGGAUAUUUUGUAAGGUGUCUGUUCCAGAAUGGGAAAGGUCAGAUGGGGCUGCAGGUAAUCCUACCCACUGAAACCAAUCCAUCUGUGAAACCAGGGGUGAGUCUGAGGUAUCAGGGGGUUUUACCAGUGAGAGGAGGUCAGUUCUUAAUUCAUUCACUAAACCUGUUUCAUUUGCAUAACCAAAAUGAUACUGUAAGUGGGGCACAGGAAUGGGAACGGACCAGGGGAUCCUUUCUUAUGGCAAGGAUAGCCAGGACUAGCAUGACACCAUUCAUUCACUUGUGAAGGUGACAUUUCACUGUGAGUCAGUACUAGCUAGAGCUGUUGUGUCACAUAUCCAAUGCAAUCUACCCUUAGCUCCACAUUAAAUUAUCACUGAACACAUCAGACUCGAUCUGUAAUCCAUCCAUGCUCUUUGGGGAUUCAGUCCUUGCCCAAGAAUACUAUGCUCCUGAGUUCAGUCCAGUCACGUAUACUAACUUCAGCCUAUACUUAAUUCCUGUGAGACCCAUCUGCCUCCAAAAAUCUUAAACUUUGUUCAACUAAGAAAAAAUGAGUCCUGCGCAAGACAGGACUAGAGCAGCGCAGUCUGAAGGUCAGUGCCAGAUAAGCUAGUUGAGGAAAGCACAUUUUUACAGUGCUCAACUUUUGAUAUUCUCUUGACACUGUGUCUCCUGGUGCCUGUGGGAGAGAUUUGUGGUGGUGGCAGGCUUCAGGGGAGUUUUCAGCAACAGCAGAAUUAUGAACAGCUUCAGCUGAAAAAAACCCAUGAGAGGAAACUACUGUUUAUCUCAGCUCUGCCCACUUGUGCACUAGGCUUGGUCUGUGUUAAAGCUGUCCCAUGUCGGGAGCAAUUGUGUUUAUUUGGUGCUGGAGUAGUCAGGAAAUGUGGCGUUACAUUAGGUAGCUGGACUGAAUUGCCAGUUGACCAGCGGGUUGUUUUUAAUGCAAAAUCAUUUCUGGAAUUAGGAAGCGUGUCUUCUCCCUAGCCGGUCUUCCAUUGCUGGUUUCAGCAUAUGUGGGGCUCAGGCGAGGGAUGGGCUGGCAUUUUUCUCAGUGUUGAAAUCUUUUGCCACAGGCACGACUGUGUGUUUUCCUGCCCUGCCAGGAGGAAGGGCCGCCUGCCUUGGGUCAUCACUUGCUUUAUAGCCUGGGGAAGGGAAAAAGCGAGGGCAAUUCUGAGCUUCCCAUCAGAACUCCUGAGUCACAAGGCAGAGCCUGAGCUCCACCCCAACAGAUAGAUCCCCCAUCUGAAAUCGGCAUGGAGUGAGCUGAGUCUCUAAGAAGUCCUUUUCAUGGUUAGGAGGAGAAUUAUUUAAUACCCUGGGGUUUCACUCUGCACUGCCAAGCACGAUACCAUCCACAGUGUGAGCAAAAGACCAGGCACACAAGAUUCCUCAGCUUUAUUAUUCACUAGCUGGUAUGGGCAACUGUUUGCCUCCCCACCCUAAGACAGGGUGCUGUCACUCUGGCUCCAGCCCACAGAAAGAGCAUUCCUGCCUCCUUGUGCAGAAGUACUGGUUAAAUUGCCAGCUCCUCCAGGAACAGUGUUUCUCAAAUGAAUUCCUCUCCCUUUCUCACCACCUCGUAAUGCUGAGGGGGAAUAGUUCCAAAACGUUUCUAAAGAAGCAGGUCUCCAAUUCUUCCCUUCUUCUUUCGCGUGCUUGCUUUCCUCUCCAGUGCUAGCUCAGGUUGAGGUUAGCAAGUUGUCUGGAGGUGGGGGGAGAGCUCUGACAACACUGUGUAGAGAAAAAAGAUGAAAGGGAAAAAUAUUCCUUAAGAAGUCUUUUUUUUGAAUGGGGAAUGUAGUCAAAACCUAUGAGAAACGCCAUGGUCAAACCAAAUCCUAUAGGACAUCCCUUUAAAUCUUCACUUUCCUAAGGAGGGACUUUGCAGUUCAACAUUGGUACCGUGCAAUGUCUUCAUCACGUUUAUCCACCUGGGUUAGCCUCUGUGCCUUCCAGCCGGGCUGCACACGCUCAGCCUUUCCCACAGCCCUUGCUUAGGAGCUCGGAGCGUAUCAGUGUGCCUGUUAGGGCAACAAGCCAUGUCUUUACCUGGGUCAGCCAGACUGCGGGUGGCACAGGUGUCCUUCGUGCUGCCAUCACGUUCGGUCCAAGACAGACUGAGGCUUGCUGACGCUGUAUCUCCCAGGGUUAACACCUCCCCUCUGAAGGACAGACCUUCCCUGGUAACUGCUGCCCCAUGGCACUACAACCAAGCUUUUUUAUUGCCCAUUUUGCUGUUUUUUGCCUGUCAUGUGCCCUAUGGUAUUCCACAGCCCUGCAACUGCCCUCCGCCCUUUGCAUUGUGUGAUGUGCGUCUGCUUCUAGCACAGGCCUUUAGGGGGGGAGGGAGGUGAGUUUAAAUGUUACACACAGUGCUUCCUCCAAACACAGACCGAAGCACAAGCCAAGUGUUUUUGCCUGCACACAGAAAGAGCUGGCUGCACAAACAGCUGGUUUGGCAUGACAGUACAGGACCAUAAAAUGGCAAUUUUUUGGCUUCUCCUCUCUAUGCUUUGUGUUCAUAUAUUUUAUUAGGGGAAUAAAGUAGAAAGGGUGGGGGAAAGUAGUUACCUGUGUAGGGUCAUUAUCAGGAAGGCUGAAUGGAUUAAGGCAAUGCACAUGUGGCUAUCACAGGAAAUUGAACGCUAACCCUUCUGAACCGCAGCCCCCUUAAGCAGGUUAUGACCAUGUGGCGUGUUUGUUGGCUCGUUACGGAGUAUGGUGGACAGCCUGUCAGUAUGCAUUAACCGCAGAUUGGGCUGGCUCUCCCUCUCUGGUCUCAUGUUCAGACCUUUGCUUCUGCCAGAAGGUUUUAUUGUUGGAGGUUAUGCUGUGGUGACUUCCCGGGAAGGUGUAUAGAUACAUGGCCAUCCUGGCACUGCUCUCCUUCACCAUGGCCUGGAGAAGGCAAAAGCAAAAAGCACAGACCCUGACUUUCUGUUGCAACAUUACAAAGCCCUAAAAACUGCAGAGCUGCUGGGCACUCUCCUAAAUGCAGAUUGCAUGCAAGAAAGAAAAUUCUUCCUUGUUCCAGCCUUUGCACCAAACCAGAUGGUCUUUUCAGGCCCCAUUUUCAGUCCAAAGUUGUACAGAAUACGAAGGGGAGAAGCACGAUGGAGUGUGAAAGGCUGCAUUGCUGUCCACCUAAAUUACCAUGCAAAUACGACUUAAGGAUAUUGAUGCUGGUGCCUCCACAAGGGAAUCUGCAUUUGACGCCUCCUAAAGACAGAUCGGCUUUUUGUUAGGAUUUUAUGUAAUUUCAGUCACCAAAUCACCUGAGUUUAAGAAGUCCUUUCCUUUUAUCAGAUGUUAAUUUUGCCCUUUAACGUGAGCUGGCUUUGAAGUCCAGGAUCUCAGCACUCAGCUCUGUCUCUCCAGUCUGCAAACUCCCCAUUUUCGGAUGUCUCUGUGAGGAGGAGCAUCGUCCUAGUGUUGAGGAAGGUUGUUAGAUAGCGUGGUCUAGUCUGCUUUUCUGGUGGUUGUAAAUAAACCAGCUGAAAGGAGGCUGAUGUCCAGGCGACCAUCCCGAAGGCUCAUUUGAUGUCUUAACAGACAAAUGUUGAAGCCAACCCUUGGAAGAGCCACUGGGUCAUAUCUGAUGUUGCUGCAUGUCCACCGCCCAAUGUGUAUGCUCGGCCAUUGGGUCUGCUAUGCUGUUCUGGCUGUCUUGACUGCAGAUGCCUUGCAGCUGCAAAAGCAGGCAACCAAGCCUGCUGCAUGAACUUUGAAAGGGACAUCAGGACGCUCCCCCACGGACAAGAUGGACUCAGCUGCUUGUGGUUUGCCUCUUCAGCUCCUUUGCCAAAAGGAGGCACCUGCUCUGCUCAGCUGUCUGCUGGCUGACACAUUGGUCUCUCUGCGAUCCUGAGCAGAAUCCUUUCCUCUCCACGCAGAGCCUGUCCUCGGGCUGGCCUGCGAGCUGUACAACAGCGUGCAGGAGGCUUGAAAAGUACAGCGCUCUGUGUGUGACUCAACCGAAACAUGAAGAUGCUUUUGAAGAAAGGGAGGAUCCAGCUGGGCACCAGAUGGAACAACAGGAAAAAGAAAACAAGCAGUAACUAGAAAGGUUGCCAAGUGCUGUCUUGGCCUAGGGCAGAUCCCCGUUGUCCGAGUUAAUCCAUCUCAGUGCAGUGCCGAUACCAGCAGGGAGCAAAGAUCGCUUCCAGAUGCACACACCAGAAACACCAUGUCCCCGAGCUGGCACCUCAGCCAAAUACUACUGCAGAGAGUCUGCUGGAGUGUUGGAGCACAGAAAUGAGAUCUAGCGUCCCUUGCUGCUGUGGCACGUGGUACGCAUUUGCUCUAGCCUCAGGCAGGUCGCAUCCCCUCUUGAUGUCCAUUCCCUCCUGCAGCACAGGGGAGAAACCUGCCUUCCCGAGAUGCUGCCACCACCCUGCCUGGAUGUUGCCAAGUGUGUGAUGGGCACCAUUGAUAGGUUCUGCAAGCGAGAUGCAAAAAGCAUGCUGUAGAAAUUUUAUGCAUAUUUUCAAAGCACGGCUCUGCUUUCCCUCUGUUUACCAGCUUCUGAUGUUGCCUGCAUGUGCCAGAAGGCUGCGGGGUGGAGGUUAGAGAGAGAUUAAACAGCUUUGGGGGAAGAUGUUUGGCAAGGAUGUGUUUCCCAGUUAUUUGGCAGCUGGCUCUCGCACAACUGACUUCUCAAUCUGCGUGCUGCUACAGGGAACAUGUAAGAAGAUUUGGUGGCCCAACAGCACCAUCCCCUGCGAGUAGAGUUAAGGAACUUAGAAGUGCAACUGGGAUAGCUAGUGCUGAUGGAGGAGAGCAUGGAAGGGCUCUUUUGGGAUAUUCCCACAUCAGUUUCAUGCUCUCACUUUUAGCAUCCGUGUAAUCAUCUGAGGGUAUAAACUACUAAUUUCACCUGGGAUUUUCCUUUGCUUUGCCAUUCUCCCUUCAAGCUCCCAUGGGGUAUGGCCACUCUUACCUAGAAUGAAGUAAGCUUUGUCACUGGCUGCUGCCUGGCUCAGCAAGCACAGGCUGUGUGUUCACAAGAAACAUCUGCAUCGAUGGGCUGUGCCACAGGGCGGGCUGGGAGAGGUUGAGCCUAAGGGGAAGGCAUGGGAAGGUCUUCAUUUUAAGGUGCUUUUUCACACAUAGGAGAACAUUGCAUCCCUCUCACUUCCUUUCAAGGCUUUCCUGUGAGAGGGAUUGCCGCAAACCUUGAACUGCAUCUCAUCAGACAAACCCACCUCUAUUACAGAACCACACAAGCCACGAAGCAGAAGGGCCAGCAAUUUAGCAUAGAGGGGAGAGGUUGUGACCUGGCAUUACCUGCGGAAGAUUAAUGUGGGUUUCUCACAGGGGCUGGCAUCCAUAUUUUAACUCCCUGUAUUUGGCAGCUGAGCUGCUGCAUUGCUUCCAGAAAAUUACAGCUACACCCCCUCCUUUGUCCCCCUUGGCAUUGGUGGCAAUCCCAGGAUCACAGCAGCUAAAUGCUGGCUGGCUGAGCACUGCUUGGACAGCUUGCUGGGGAGGGAAAGGUUGGGGACUAAUUGAGAUUACAUGGAGCAGAGCACUGUGGCCCACGCAACCGUGCAGCAAGCUGUAUCGCAGAGCAGCACGGAGACUGGCAGGAGAGGCUGCAGCUUUCCCUGGUGCCUGUGGAGAGCAGCUCUUCCCAUUGCUUCCCAGACCCAUUUGCCACUGGUGGUGGCUCCAAGCCUUUCUCUUUCUCUAAAAAGCUGCUCCGGCAAAAGACGGGUUUGCUCCUGGAAGGAGUCCACCUUGCUGGUUGUGCCUGGUCUGUGGAGCCAUUUCCAUAGUAGGAAAUUUCCAUUGCUUGACCAUGAGUCAGCAAUGUGCCCUUGUGGCCAAGAAGGCCAAUGGCAUCCUGGGGUGCAUCAAGAAGAGCGUGGCCAGCAGGUCAAGGGAGGUCAUCCUCCCCCUCUACUCUGCCUUGGUGAGGCCGCACCUGGAGUACUGUGUCCAGUUCUGGGCUCCCCGGUUCAAGAAGGACAGGGAACUGCUGGAAAGGGUGCAGCGGAGGGCUACAAAGAUGAUUAGGUGACUGGAACACCUCUCUUAUGAGGAAAGGCUGAGGGAUUUGAGUCUCUUCAGUCUGGAAAAAAGACGACUGAGGGGGGACCUUAUCAACGCUUAUAAAUACUUAAAGGGUGGGGGUCAGGAGGAUGGGGCGAGGCUCUUUUCAGUGGUGCCCGGGGACAGGACAAGAGGCAAUGGGCACAAACUGGAACAUAGGAAGUUCCACCUAAACAUGAGGAGGAACUACUUUACCCUGAGGGUGGCAGAGCACUGGAACAGGCUGCCCAGAGAGGUGGUGGAGUCUCCAUCUCUGGAGACAUUCAAAACCCACCUGGACGUGUUCCUGUGUAACCUGCUCUAGGUGACCCUGCUCUGGCAGGGGGGUUGGACUAGAUGAUCUCCAGAGGUCCCUUCCAACCCUAUGAUUCUAUGAUUCUAUGAUUCUAUGAUUGUAUGACACAGGUGGUGGGAUUGCAUCAGGGAGCGGAAGGUACAAAAGAACCUUUAUUAAAAUGUGACCGUCUCAGAUGUGUCACUGGAAACCAUCACAGUAGGCAUCGGGAAAAGAAAAGGCCACCAAAAGGCCAUGCUGAGUUAAGUCUCAUUACCUGCCGAGAUGUUUACCCUCCCAGAGCAGCAUUUCUCCCCUCGUUGCUCAUCCAGCUGCCCCAGGGUGGGCUCCCUGGGAAGCUCUGCUCUCCACACAGACUGCCUUCUUGCUUCUGCACCCCAGAAAAGCUGCAACUCCAUUUGUUACCUUCCUCAAGUCUGCAUGAUCUGGGAGAUUAGUUUGUUAGGAGAUGUGAUACAGGUGCAUGGAGACAGCUGGAAAACUUGUACCGGCUCUCUUCAUAACAGCCCUUCUGGUUUUUAUCACCUUCAUCUCCAUCCCUAGCUCACAGAUUUCUUUCCUCAGUUUCUUUGCAUGGAAAAGCUUCAGUAGCAGCUGUAUUCAGCUUGUAGCUGCCUCUGUCCUGAGACAAACCCAAGGCAAAUAUCAGACCAGUGGGAGAUCCAGCAAUCAUGGAAAUCCAAGAUCAUGGGUGAUCCAGAGAGCAGGCUGGAAUUUCUCUUCACCCGCCUGAGGGCUGUAGGGCUGAGGGUUCACCAGGCGAGGAUAAAACCUUGGUGUGAUCCAGCAAGCCAAGCUGGCUGCCUUCACCCUCCUGUCGUCAGUGCUGUGGGAGGUCUGGGACCCAAGCGCCAGGUCCCGGGCCUGCCAGACCAUGUCCUCCUGGUGCAGGAGGAGCUGCUGUGGAGACCUGCAGCGGAGGCAUGGGUGGGAUGCCUGUUGGCUGUGCUCUCGCUGUGCUGGGGCUGGGCACUGUAAGGCAUGCUGGUAGGGCUGUAGUUCUGCAGGGAAAAAGACUCUUGCAGAGGAUGAAGUCUUUGCAGGGGAGAAAAUUCAGAAAGUUGUGGGGGGGUUCCCCCCCCUUUUUGCACAUUUUUAACCAUUUUCACUCCUCCCACAGAGGUUAUUGAACCUUCAGUUUAAUAAAGGAAAUGAGCCAGCAUCAAAUCGCUUUCUGAAGGGUCUGAAAGCAGGCGCUACUUGCAGGCAGAGAUGGUCUGUGCCUACCAUGCGACUUCCAGACCUCACUGCAUCCUGCAGCUGAGUCACCCUGCGCGCUGCGUGGGGUCUGGGGUAGGAGAGUCAGUGCUGGCCAUCACGCCAAACAGCCACGGCUUCCCAGAUGGAAGAAGAGUCAGACCAGGAAGUGGGGGAAGGAGCAGCAAUGGUAGAAGAGUAGCUAGUUGUCACAGGUAAUCUUCAGUAUCCGUGUCCAGUGGUUAGUCCUAGAAUCGCAAGCCUUGUUAUACCGCACACGUCCUCCUUACACUCCUCUUUUCUUGAAGCAGCCAUCAUCUUUCCUCCCCCCACCCCAUGCACCAGUGAUGAGCACCACAGGCAGUUGCACCAAAGUGACUCUCAGCCCAGUUCUGCAUCCCCAUCUCCCACCCAAGCCCAAGGCAGCCCAAACAGUUGUUGGCCAUCACAAGUCUUGUAAUUUCGCUUGGGUUUUCUUUCCUCAUGUACCAUAUCUUCCUCCACAUGCGCUCUAGCAGGGCAGCACAGGAGGCUCUGACCAUCUUCUAAGGACCUUCUUUGCCCCCUGGCAGCACCUUGCAGACAUGCACCUUACUGGGAAUGUACUGGGUCAAUGCUGGUGAGAUCUGGCACUGACGGUCUUGCGUGGGUGGCAGCUGAUGGGGAUCUACCGGGGGAAUCUGGCAGAAAGUGGCUACUGUCCCUUUUCUUUUCUUUUUUGAGCAAGAGGGGGAUUUUUUUGGCAUUACGAUUAUUGUCCACCUUCCAGUGGCCAAGUUCUGGGCUGCAUUAAUAGUUGGGGUUCACUGGCUGUCGCAGCAGGUAUGGAGCUUCGCACCAACCUUAGUAGCAAACGCUGUGGCUGUAUGCAGAGCUUGGAUCCAGGCUGGGUUUCUCCCAUGCUGGCAAAGCGCUUUCAGCAGGCUACAGACAGGCAUUUCUGGCAGACAAGGAAACAGCACUCCUCCGAGUCCAGAUCAAAGCUGCACUUCCAUUUCAUGCCCUCAGCUUGGAAAAAACGCAACCCAAGCAAAUGCUUCACAGGUCUCCUUUCCUCGUGCGGUGCCUGGUGCCCCAGGGGAUAGAGUGGAAGGAGGCAUUUCCAUGGAUCACCAAAAGCAAGAUCCUUUUUUGGAUGUAUUUAAUGGAAAUAUCUUUCAGGAGGACAGACCUCCCGACCUUUGUGUUAAUCUCACGAGCAGGACAUGAAUUUCCAGCUGUCCUUGCAUAUAGUGAAACAUAGCUGAAGCAGCCAAAUGCAAAGUAGACUUAAAUGUAGGGUUUGACCUGAAUAACCUUUUAAUUAGGAAGAUAAAUUUGUUGUAGCUUGACCUUAGUCCAUGUUAGGAACCUGCUAAUCAUUUGACAUGCAGAGUGUAUUAAUGCUGCACUUAACUUGGCCAUUGGUUUUAUUAUCUGGUUUUGGGAGUUUUUUCACUCCCGAAGCAUCAGUUUGCAUCUUGUAUGGGUUUUCUUUUCUUUCAUUUUUUCCCGUUCAGAACAUGUAGCACACUGUUGUACUUCUGUUCCUGUCUGCGUAGAGUAUUGCCUUAAACAGAUCAGUUGUGUUGUGGUUUGGUUUGGGUUUUCUACCAUCAGUUUUAUGCAUUAAUUUAUUUUAAAAUGUGGGGUUUUUUUUCAAAAA